AUGGACGCAAACAAGUUCCCCGCGGGGCUGCGCGUGCUCGCCGUCGACGAUGACCGCACCGGCCUCUUGAUCCUAAAGAGACAGCUACAGCUUUGCAACUACAACUGCAUGACAACAGUGACAGAGGCGGAGACGGCGCUGGAGAUGCUCAGGGAAAGGAAGAACAGGGAUGACCAGUUCGACGUGGUUAUCAGUGAUGUUUUCAUGCCCGGCAUUGACGGCUUCAAGCUCCUCGAGCUCAUCGGCCUGGAGAUGGAUAUCCCAGUCAUCAUGCUAUCUGCGAACGAUGAGAUGGAGACUAUAAUGAAGGGUAUAAUGCAUGGGGCUUGUGACUAUUUAGUGAAGCCAGCAAGCAUUGAACAACUUAGGAACAUUUGGACCCAUGUGGUGAAGAAGAAUAGGAGUGAUCCAAGGAACAAUAUUAGUGAUGGUAACACGAGGAACCAUUUCAAGAAAAACAAAAAGGAUGGAGGUUGUGCUGAAGAGGACAUAGUUGGGACAUCAACCCAGAAGAGGCAAAGGAUCAAGUGGUCGGGUCAGCUACACCGCAAGUUUGUGGAAGCCAUAAAUAAUAUUGGCAUUGACAGGGCUGUUCCAAAAAAGAUACUGGAACUGAUGAAUGUGGACGGCCUUAGUAGACACAACGUAGCAAGUCAUCUACAGGAAUUGGUACAAGUUGGUAAUGGUGUCAACCUGCACAAAGAUGUCAUGCCAGUGCCAUUGCCAGUACCAGUGCAGGAUGUGGGGAGAUUUAUCUAUUCUGGCAGGCACUAUGCAACCGGUUCAAGUGAUAACCUAUCAAGUUCAAGUCAAUGUUUCCCUUCUGGUCCUUCUAGCAGCUCCUCUACAAAUAUAUCAAAUGGUGUGGUGUUCAGCACAAGCAUGCCUUUCCCUUCUGGUACUUUUGGGAGUUCGUUUGCAAGCAUCUCAAAUGAAUAUUCACCAUCGGCCACGACCAUGUGCUUUCCUUCGUCUCGUUCUUGCAGCUCCUAUGCAAGCAUAUUGCGAGGCAAGAUUUUGGAGGCAAACAGAGGUAUUUCUUUUGAUGCCAAUAGCUUCUUUGAAGAGAUAGCAAAUGGUGAUAUGCCGGCUUCUUCCAGUCAAUUACCAUCGCAGCAUGCUGAGUUGGCAAACCAACCUUCGGCUCAUAUUCAGUCAUCUUCUGCUGGCCAAUUCAACCAAGUGGCUCCUUCCAGUCAUCUACCAUUGCAUUCUCCUGAGUUCGCGAACCAGACUCUAAUCCAAAUUCAGACAUCUUCAGUUGGCCUAUCCAACCAAGUUGAUAGGGAGUCUCACCAAUUUUCUGGACUUUAUAACCCUACCAAUUCUUCAAGAGUUAGCGUGCCAACGAUGUUUCCUGAUAUUGGCCAUAGUGCUAGAAUGCCUAUUAGUUCUUCACAUGGAAACCAUGUCAGGAUCAACCAGUUGCCAACAUCUGUAGCCUCCUCUGAAUGUGUUCCAACUUUUGAAAGUCAAUAUCAGAACCAAAUGUCAGGACUACUGAGGAGAACCACACCGACGCUAGGUUUCAGUGAGCAGGUGGCACCAUUCAACUUAGGAAGCUCUGCGAUGCCUAUUGGUAGUUCUGCUCUGGGUAGUUCUUCAAGUGUUGGACCUGCAUUGGCUAACCUUCAGAUAGGAAAUUCUGUCACGCCGACCCAGAUGCCGAGGGGUGGGGCUGCAAUUGGAAACCUCCCUGGAGGUGGCACCGUUGAUCAGCAAUCUGUUGGUGAUCAAGUGAAUAACAGCAAUGUACUCCCUAAGAGAACAAGCGAGGUGCAGGAUGGGGAGAUUGAUGAUGUGAGUUUUAAUUUGGUGGAAUUAAGUUUGGCUGGAGCCGAGGGUGUACCAGCCCAGCCCAACCUGGCGUGCAUCAUUGACUACUCGGAUUUGGGUGGCUAA